GCCCCCGCUGAGGGGCUUCUUUCGCCGCUGCCAUGAACCGACGGGCCUCGGUCAGCGACUGCCUGCGGGACUGGGAGGAGCUGCAGGACGGCUUCCAGCGCGUGCAGGAGACUCACAGGCUGUACAAGCAGAAGCUGGAGGAGCUGACCAAACUCCAAGAUGGGAUUUCCAGCUCCAUCAGCCGGCAGAAGAAGCAGCUGAAGGAGCUCUCUCUGGCCCUCAAAAAGUGCAAGUGCUCUCUUGCCGACAACAAUGAAGAGGAACCGAAGGAGUCCUUCCAGGAGCUCCAGAGCAUGAUCAAAGAGCGGCAGGAUGUCUUCUUUGAAAUGGAGGCCUACUUGCCCAAGAAGAAUGGGUUGUACCUGAGUCUCGUGCUGGGGAACGUGAAUGUCACUCUGCUCAGCAAGCAGGCAAAGUUCAGGUACAAGGAUGAGUAUGAGAAGUUCAAGUUGUACCUCACCAUCAUCCUGCUCAUAAUCUCCUUCACCUGCCGGUUCCUGCUUAACUCCAGGGUGACGGAUGCAGUCUUCAAUUUCCUCUUGGUCUGGUACUACUGCACCCUCACCAUCCGUGAGAGUAUCCUGAUCAACAACGGGUCCAAAAUUAAAGGCUGGUGGGUUUUCCAUCACUACAUCUCUACCUUCCUCUCUGGCGUCAUGCUGACUUGGCCAGACGGUCUCAUGUACCAGAAGUUCAGAAAUCAGUUUCUCACCUUCUCCAUGUAUCAAAGCUUUGUCCAGUUCCUCCAGUAUUAUUACCAGAGCGGUUGCCUGUACCGGCUGAGAGCCCUGGGUGAGCGGCACACCAUGGACCUCACAGUGGAGGGCUUCCAGUCCUGGAUGUGGAGAGGCCUCACCUUCCUGCUCCCAUUCCUUUUCUUUGGCCAGUUCUGGCAGCUUUACAAUGCCCUCACCCUCUUCCAACUGGCCAGGCACCCAGAAUGCAAAGAGUGGCAGGUGCUGAUGUGCGGCCUCCCCUUCUUCGUCCUCUUCACCGGCAACUUCUUCACCACCCUGCGUGUUGUUCACCAGAAAUUCCAGGACAAGGCCAAGGUGGAGUAAAGGGGGCGGGGCUUGCGGGGCCUGUCCCACCCCCACUCUCCUUGUCCUCUCCCCCCACC